CAGCUGUGUUUUGCAACAUGCCAGUGUCUUAUUUAUCAUAGCAGCAAAGCCAGGGAGGAUUAUGAGAACACGCUUAAGCAAUUGUGGAACACACCAUCCAAUCCAAACCCAGACAUUCCAUGUCUUUGUGUUCAGACAGGCUUGGACUUGUAUAUGCGGGUGAAAAAUUUUCCAACAGGAUCAGAAGUCAUUAUGGCUGCUGUUAAUAUUCCUGUAAGUAUAUUGUUGUAAAAGGUAGAGAAGAAAUGCUCAAAUAAAGAAUAACUAGAAGAAGCCCGCCAAACUUUGGCGACAGCAAUUCAUUAACUUACCAUGUAGUAAAGUUACUUGACAAAACAUGAACUCAAGUAACGCAUAUUUAAGAAUCCCAAUAUUUGCUACACCCCUUCCCCCAUGAUACGUCACUGCACACUUUUUAUUUCACACCCAUGAACUAAAUAUAUUCUCACAUUCUAACCACUUUUAAACCAAAUAUUUUUUACACAAUACUUAAAUUGAGACAAUUUCAUUUCCGAAAAGAAAAUAUUACGCACCAAACCCAAUUGAGUUAUUAAAUAUAUAUAUAUAUAUCAUUUAGCGUAGUUAUCGAGAAUUAUAUUUUGCACGCUAGUGAACUCAUUAUUGAACCACACUCUGGCGUAUCUAUAUAUAGCCUGCGUGGUGGUGGUGGUGUUUGACCUUUGCGGGCGAAUUAUGUAUAUAGAUAUCAUAAAAGAGUAAUCAAAAGGAUUGUUGACAGUUACAUGGUUUACCAGCACCUGCAUUUACUAAAAUGUAAGAAAUUGUAGUACUGGUGCCACAAAACCUAUUGCAUGCGGCCAAAAUCAGUAUGAAUUAUCAUUAAUUGUUCAAAUUUAACAUAGUAAUUUGUUGCUGACUGCCAUAUUUUAUUAUCUUACAGCAGCAUUUUUAUUUAUCCACCCCAAAAUUCCUCACAAGUAUUUAAAAAUCUUUUAGAGCUUCCAGCUUUCUUUGUCAAUUUUAAUAAUAAUACCGGUUAACAGUUUUUAAAUGAUCCACUUUUUAUUCAUUUCACCGGUAUAUCAAAAUCAAACCUGUAGAUUUAUUGAGCUUUUCUUUAAAAACUAUAUAAAUUAAGAGUUGAUAACGAAGUACUAACUUGUUCGGGUAAGUUAGUUUGGUAAAAAUUGAUUUUGUUUCGUUUUUUUGUUAAAAUUCAGGACAUGGCGAGCAUCAUUAGACAUUAUCAAUUACUGUUGUACCUUUAGACAACAACAUUGAUACACUAGAACCCAAAUUGCCUCUCUUGAAGCGGCUCAUUAACCGAAACACUGUUGACAUACUGGUAGCCCACCUGUAUGGUCGACAGGUCAACAUGGAUCCUUUCAUAAGUGUAGCCAGAUAUUACAACCUUGACAUCAUUUAGGAUUGUGCUGAAAGUUUUUCUGGGUUUGUGCACAUUGGUCAUCCUGAUUCAGAUCUCGCCUUAUUCAGCUUUGGUGUUUUCAAGUUCUCCACCUCUUUUGGUGGCAACAUCAUCAAGGUUAGAGAGGAAGAGCUCUAUCGUCAAAUGCAUGAAUUUUACUUAAAAUACCCUAUUCAAAGCAAUGCAACAUAUUUAAAGAAAUUAUUGAAGUAUUUCCCUUUGUAUACAACAUUGCAAGUCUGGCCAUUCCCUCAACUGAUGCAGAAAUCAAGAGAGAUGGGUAUGGAUUGGAAAGCCACUUUUGUCUGCUUCCUUAGAGGUUUCCCCAAUGACCUUAUAAAUAAUGUUAGGUACAGGCCUAGUUCUGCCCUCCUUUCUGUUAUGGCCGGUGUUCAGACAUCAUUUAACCCAGCCAGCUUUGAUCUGCAGCGCAUUAAGUGCAGCUACUUUCAGUCAAACUUGACCACUUCUUUAAAAGUAAUCGGCACCAAAAUCAAGAUAAACAAUUUCUGGUUAUUUCCUGUCGUUGUGGUGAGUCUUUUAAUCCAAUUUUCAUGUGUAUGAAUGUUUCUAUCUCUGUUAAAUGUUUUUUACAUUUUUUUUAUAACACUAUCAUAUAGUUUUUGUAAACUUAAGGAAGUAAAAAGAUCAACUAGUUACUAGUAUCUCGCCUUUUCUAAAUGUAACUUAUUUUCCAAAGGAAAAACCUGAGUUGUUCAUGACAUGUCUUGGAGCUUUAGGUGUAGAUGCAUACAGAGGGGCCACCCAACUCAAUGUCAUAGAACCAGAUCAGGUUGACCUGCCCUCUCAGCCAAAUAUUGUCUGCGACUUUGUUCCCCCUGAAGAUCGUUAUCCUCUCAAUGCCAGGUAUUUAAUAGAUCAUGUUGUGUACAUGCCCGUCAACAAGUUUGUUCCCUUCCAUGUCAUUGACCACAUGGCAAAAGUCUGUAAAUUGGUUAUGUUGUCCAUGUCCAGCCCACCGAAGCAAGCCUUUGAUCUGUGCCGGUCACUAAUCAAAUCAAAGGGGAUGUCGUUGGUCAAAUCUAAAUUGUAGUUUAAAUAAUGUCCACGAAGGCAGACAUGUUUAUUUUUAAUGUGCCUUUUUUGUUAAUUGCUGUUUGGGUUGAUUGCUCAACAUUUAAAACCAUUUCUUUUUGGUGGCAGAUGUAGUUUUGGUGAUUGAAGUAUUUUCAAAGACUUUGUAAAUUGUAUUUAUUCUGUUUACAGAUUGAAAAGAUAUUACAUUUUUUAUACAUUCCUAAGGAGCAUGUUUUACAUAUUUUUAAGAAUGUACAUCAACAUUUUUUUUGCUGUCAGUGAACUUUAUUUAAAGGUUGAUUUUAUCAGUUUUAGAUUAGAACUGGUACGGGUAAAUAAAUUUAUGAAAAUUUGAGCAAAGUUUCCACCAGAUUUUUAAAAAAAUAUUGCUCAAUAA